AUGAUCUCACCAUUAAGAAAACAAAUUCAUUGGGUCCUCUUUAUCAUCCUCAUCCUCAUCACUUUAACAACACACCGCGCAAGUGCUGCACCAAUAACACCAACUAAAUCUGCGAAUAUAACAUCAACUUCGGACAUAGAAGUGAACAACAAAUCGAUACCUUUUUAUAAUAUAACCACCAACACCACAUCCGACAUCGCACCCGACACAGGAUCCACCGAUAAUGACAAUAAAAACGGGGACGUGGACCCAGAAUACAGUAAAAAAGGCGCACACUGGCUUUUCGGCAUUUCUUUCGCAGUAAUGCAAUUUAACGCAAUCGGUUCAAUUUACAUCGUGUAUCGCACCUUUCGAAAAUGGCAAGCUCAUAGCUAUGCACGAAAUAGUCUAUCUAUGGCUCUCAGAGUUCCUUUCUACAUCGCUAUUACGGAUCUUUGUCUGUAUAUCGCGCAUAUAUUCAAUCAAGGAUACACGUUGUUGAAUGAUCGAACUUGGCCGGGGUUGUCGUGCAAAAUUGUCGGUGGAACGGUCUUCUUUUUGGUGGCUGUUAAUAUGACCUUGGUGGGUGUAAUCGCUCUGUCUACUUAUCUAAGAGUUUGUCGUCGAAUAGUAUUCGACUUUGGACCAUUCGACCGUAAUCUAUUUUACAUUGUUCUUGGAUUUCCAUUCGUAUUGACACUGGGAAGCAUCCCGUCCUUCGGUCCAAGCAUUUAUUGGUGCUACACAAACAAAUCAAAUCACAUUGUCUCAAUAAUCACCUUAAUUCUAAACUUUACCGUAAUUGCUCUCAACAUAUUCUGCUACUAUUUUACGCUACGUGAGAUAAAUAUCUCGGGUAAAGGAUUCGUCAAUGUUAACUUGAACCAAAACAAAACCUGCUAUAUCCUCAUGUUUAUAAUACAAUGGACGCCUGCAAUGCCGUAUGUUAUCGCGUCGGUGGUGAUUACUUCACCGCCUGUGGCAUUGUAUCUUCUUUGCGAUAUUGCGAUAAACCUCGGGGGUAUAGGGAACGGUAUACAGUAUGUUCUUAAUGAGGGAUGGAGUCUGCAGAAAGACGAUGUAGAAUCGAAACAUAAUGAACGAUCGUUUACUGCCAUCUCGCCUUUGCCGAGUGCUCGAUCACAAUUCAAGUUCCCUUUUAAUCAGGAGGCUUCUAUCGCUAGUUUUGCUGCGAUUCAAGAAGAAUGA